AUUCGAUAUUCUUGUCAGUAGUAAUUAUGAUUAAUGCAAAAUGUCACGGUUAAUAGUGAAGAAUUUGCCAAAAAGUAUUACAGAUACAAAAUUGAAGGAACUAUUCAGUGAGAAGGGUUUGGUAACUGAUGUGCAAUUGAAAUACACGAAAGAUGGUGUGUUUCGACGAUUUGCUUUCAUUGGAUUUAAAACAGAACAACAGGCUGUAACCGCAAAAGAAUAUUUCGAUAAAACCUGCAUUGAUACUAGUAGAAUAUCUGUUGAACAGUGUGCAAGCCUAGGGGAUUCUUCUAAACCCAGGUCAUGGAGUAAAUAUGCAUCAGAUAGUUUUAAACAUGUUGCAACUAAUAAUGACUCCAUUGAGUCAACAGGAAAUGAACCUUUGGAUAAAACAGCAAUUGGAGAGAAGAAGAAGGAUAAAGACAAAAAGAAAGAUAAAGAUAAAAAGAAUAAAAAAGAACCAGUUGUGAAUAAUGAAGUUAAAGAGGCACUAAAAAAGCAUAAAGAUGACCCUCUGUUCAUGGAGUUCCUUGAAAGUCAUACAGCAAACAAGGCUGUAUGGAACAAUGACACAAUAUUAGCAGAGAUAUCAGAAAAGAAAGAGAGUGACAGUGACGAUGACGAUGAAGAAGUUAGCGACAAAGAUGAAAGUUGCAAAGAUAAAGAAAAAGAAGAAAAGCAAAAAGUUGCAGAUAAAAUUAUAUCUGAUUUAGAGUAUAUGGAGGCCCUGAAGAAAAAGAAAGAUCAGAGCGUAAAGAAGGAGGACGCGAAAGAUAAAGCUGUAUCCAAACGUGGUACUCAGAAAUUCUUCACCGUGAAACUGAGAGGUUUAGCAUACAAUCACAGGAAAAAAGACAUCAAACAAUUUUUCCGUCCACUGAAAGCGAAAUCGAUCAGAGUCCCGCAAAAAAUCAGAGAAAUAGCUUACGUUGGCUUUAAAACCGAGCAACAAUUGAGAAAGGCAUUAUUGAAGAACAAGAGUUUCUUAGACGGCAGACAAAUCUUCGUAAUGAAGUACGAUGAAAAAGAGAGAAACACGGACGUAGAACAGAACGGGACCGAUACCAACGUUAGAUGGAAGAAGCAAGAAGAGGCGUUGAAGGACGAGGAAAGCAUAGCCGAGUCUGGACGGAUGUUCCUUCGGAAUCUGUCCUACACCACGACCGAGGAUGAUAUCAGAAAAUUAUUCGAGCAAUACGGCCCGUUGACCGAGGUUAGCCUGCCAGUGGACAGAGUGACCAGGAAACCGAAGGGUUUCGGCACGGUGACAUUUCUGAUGACUGAACACGCGGUGAAAGCAUACAGCGAGCUAGACGGUGCCGUUGUGGACGGCAGAAUGUUGCAUAUUCUUCCUGGAAAAGCGAAACCCGAUCCUAUGGAACAGAUCGACGAGAAAGGAUUCUCCUACAAGGAGAAAAAGGAGCUGAAGGCGAGGGCGGCCGCUGGAUCCUCCCACAACUGGAACACCCUGUUCCUUGGGCAGAACGCUGUGGCCGAAGCGAUCGCGACUACCUACAACACGACCAAGGAGAAGGUCCUCGAGGAUGGCUCGUCGAAAGGUUUAAGUGCCGCCGUGAAACUGGCGCUGGGAGAAACGCAAUUGGUCCAAGACACCAGAAGCUUCUUGGAGGAGAACAGUGUGCGCUUGGACGCGUUCAAUCAACCUACGGAGAAACGAUCAAGAACCGUGAUACUGGUGAAGAACUUGCCAGCCGCGACACCAGCCCACGAUCUUCGCGAAUUGUUCGGCCGACACGGGGAACUGGGAAGAGUGGUUUUGCCUCCGUCAGGGGUCACGGCUCUGGUGGAAUUUUUAGAGCCUUCCGAGGCGCGCAACGCGUUCACCAGAUUGGCAUACAUUAAAUAUAAACACUUGCCCUUGUAUCUGGAAUGGGCACCUGACAACAGUUUCACCACUCCCGCCGUGAUGAGCAAAAAUGUCGCGCCAACGGACAAGGGAAGGGAGCAAAAGGAAUCGAAAGAGGCUGCAGAACCGAAAGAACAGGUGGAGGCUGUGAACAAAGGUAGUAAAGACAGCAAAGAGGAGAGCGAGGACGAGGAGGAAGCCGAAGAAGGUACCACACUGUUCGUGAAGAAUAUUAACUUCUCAACCACGGACGAGCAAUUGAAAAUGUAUUUCAGCAAAUGUGGUCCUAUUCAUUACGCCACCGUGGCGACGAAGAAGGACCCGAAGAAUCCUAAUGGGAAAUUGUCCAUGGGAUACGGAUUCGUGCGAUACAAGAGGAAAGAGGAUGCUGAACGCGCGUUGAAGGUCUUACAGAUGACCGUGUUAGAGGGGAAGACGUUGGAGCUGAAACGUUCUGAACGGACAUUAACAUCCGACGUGAAGACCGCGAAGAAGACGUCCAAAGUGACUGCCCAGACAGGGACCAAGAUUCUCAUAAGGAACGUGCCGUUCCAGGCGACUACCCAGGAAAUCACUGAACUGUUCAAAGCGUUUGGUGAUCUGAAAGCGGUAAGACUGCCAAGAAAGUUGGUCGGCGUCGAGAAGCACAGAGGAUUCGGCUUCGUCGAGUUCUACACGAAAAGCGAGGCCAAGAAAGCGUUCAAGGCCUUGGGUCAAAGCACUCACUUGUAUGGUCGAAGGUUGGUGCUGGAGUGGGCGCAGACCGAGGAGGGCGUCGAGGAGAUCAGAAAAAGAACUGCCAAACAUUUUCACCAAGAGGAAACAGCGAAGAAGAGCAAGAAGGCUACGAUAAGUCCCGAGGACGUCGGUUUAGAAGCGGAAUGAACAACAAAAAAAGCAAUCGAGCUUUUCAGUCGACGACGAGUUUAUCGAUAACAAUCUAUUAUUUUCUAUAGGAACACGGGUAAAAAAAAAUUUCAAAAAAAAGACCAUCGGUUGUAGCCCCCAAGUGGAAACCAGGGACUCUGCUCUGUUCGUCGAUUGAAGGCUCCGUUGCACCUGUAACAAUUUGUACAUAGCACAUACA